CAAAAAUUGUUAAAAUUUCAGAAAUACGUUCUUCUUCAACAAGAAACCCCCCAUUGCAAAAACCUCUUUCCUCGGCCAUUUCUUCUGCAACUCCGACAACAUUUGCGUCGCGGCAAAUCGAUUAAGUUCAUUGUUCAAGAUUAUUAAAGUUUGAGCAGGAAAUUAGAUGGGUGACAGUCAGUACUCUUUCUCACUCACUACCUUCAGCCCUUCUGGCAAGCUUGUUCAAAUUGAACACGCUUUAACCGCUGUUGGAUCUGGUCAAACAUCUUUAGGAAUUAAAGCUGCUAAUGGUGUUGUUAUUGCAACUGAGAAGAAGUUGCCAUCAAUUUUGGUCGACGAGACUUCUGUCCAAAAGAUUCAGAGUUUGACCCCAAAUAUUGGAGUUGUAUACAGUGGUAUGGGACCCGAUUCUCGAGUUUUGGUGCGAAAAAGUAGGAAGCAGGCUGAGCAAUAUUACCGACUGUACAAAGAACCAAUUCCAGUUACUCAAUUGGUGAGGGAAACUGCCACUGUUAUGCAGGAAUUCACUCAGUCAGGUGGUGUGAGGCCAUUUGGAGUGUCGCUAUUGGUCGCUGGAUUUGAUGACAAGGGUCCACAGCUAUAUCAGGUUGAUCCUUCUGGUUCAUACUUCUCUUGGAAAGCUUCAGCCAUGGGAAAGAAUGUCUCCAAUGCAAAGACAUUUCUGGAAAAGAGGUACACUGAAGAUAUGGAACUUGAUGAUGCUGUACAUACAGCCAUUUUGACACUGAAGGAGGGAUUUGAAGGGCAAAUCUCAGGAAAAAAUAUUGAGAUUGGGGUGAUUGGCAAUGACAAAAUAUUCAGGGUUUUGACCGCUUCUGAAGUGGAGGAUUACUUGCAGGAAGUCGAAUAGUUUAUUUAUUUAUUCCACCUUAAAACUUUUAUUUGCAGAAUCGAGUGGUGGACUUUGUUUGUAUAACUUGUUCUGAUCUUUUGUCUAAUUUUGUACUCUCGUCUUGAAACUCUUUUUUCAUUGUCUGAAUUUUGUGCGUUCAUUCUAAAUUUGCCCAAGUCUAAAUGGAUUGUUAGCGUAUAUGUGACGGAUGCCAGUUUUUCAGCUUCACUCGUUUGCUUUGUAACUGUGAUGAAUUUAUAAACUGUAAUAUGAUUUGUAAUUCAUCUUUUAAA